UGCUUCACUCUUUUAAUUUAUUUUCUACUUCAUUUUUUUCCUCACACAGAUCUUAGACAUUAUUACGAGUUACGGCCAUGGAGUUUCCAUCUCCUUACUGUUCAGGAAGGGAGGAACAAACCGUUCCUCCGAAGCGAGGUCGAAUCAAGACCAUGAUCGUUCGUGAUCUAGUUAGAUCAGCAGCAACCUCGGUCACGCCUCCUCCGAGGAGGGGUCGAAUCAAGAUCAUGAUUGCUCGCGAUCUAGUCGGAUCAUCUACACAGAACAACUACGGUGGAGACGGCUCUAGAGAAGGCUAGUUACUUAAGCAACCACUUCGAUUGCAAAGCUGGCUUCUAUAUAUGGCCCUUCCCCUGAGAAGAUUGAUCUGAUCUUCAAAAUUCAUCUCCUGUGUAAAUAUGUAAUAUAAAUAUAUGAUUGUUGACUUUUGUUUGCUUUGUUUAUAUAAAUAUAUAAUGUUGACUUUUGUUUGCUUUGUUUAUAUAAAUAUAUAAUUGUUGACUUUUGUUUGCUUUGUUUAUAUAAAUAUAUAAUUGUGGACUUUUGUUUGCUUUGUUUAUAGAUGUGAUCUUUUGGGGUAAAUUAAAGGAAAUUUACUCUCUGUCAUAUAUAAAGAGUUUGGGGGUGAUACUUUUGUAUCUUUGCA